GCGGCGUCAUGGCGGAUCCUGGGCCUACUCCGAGGUACCUGACCCCGGAGGAGCUGGCCGAGCGCUUCACCAUGGUGGACUACUUCGUCUUCGGCUCGACGCUGGCCUUCUCGGCCUGCAUCGGCAUCUUCUACGCCUUCAAGGGGGUGCACAAGAGCCACAAGGACUACGUCAUGGCCGGGCACAGCCUGACCUGCGGGCCCGUGGCGCUCUCCCUGACGGCCAGCUUCAUGUCCGCCGUGACGGUGCUGGGCACCCCGGCCGAGGUCUACCGCUUCGGCAUCUCCUUCGGCCUCUUCGCCUUCGCCUACGUCUUCAUGGUGCUCAUCAGCGCCGAGGUCUUCCUGCCCGUCUACUACCGCUUGGGCAUCACCAGCGCCUACGAGUAUCUGGAACUUCGAUAUAAUAAGUAUAUGCGUCUACUUGGAACUGUGAUGUUUAUGACACUGACGAUCUUAUAUACUGGAAUUGUAAUCUAUUCUCCAUCACUGGCUUUGAAUCAAGUUACAGGAUUCCAGUUGUGGGGAUCUGUUGUUGCAACAGGAUUAGUCUGUACUUUCUACUGCACACUGGGUGGACUCAAGGCAGUAAUCUGGACUGAUGUCUUCCAGUUUGUCAUGAUGAUAAGUGGAUUUUUCGCAGUGAUCUUUCGAACAUUAGUAAUUAAAGGAGGAUUUGGCCCCAUUAUAGAGGAUGCUCGUCGUGGAGGAAGACUACGAUAUUGGGAUUUUGAUCCUAACCCUUUGCAAAGGCAUACUUUUUGGACUGUCGUUGUUGGUGGCACUUUCACUUGGCUUGGCAUAUAUGGAGUAAAUCAGUCUCAGGUUCAGCGAUAUGUUGCUUGUAAAACACGACUUCAUGGAAAACUAUCUCUGUAUAUAAAUCUUGUGGGACUCUGGGUAACUCUAUCUUCUGCAGUGAUGUGUGGACUUGCAAUGUAUUCUGUAUACAAGGAUUGCGACCCAUGGACAGCAAAAUUUGUGGGCGCACCAGAUCAGCUUAUGCCAUAUUUGGUACUGGAGAUCCUGGGAGAUUAUCCAGGAGUUCCUGGACUUUUUGUGGCUGGGACUUACAGUGGAACAUUAAGCACAGUGUCUUCUAGCAUCAAUGCAUUAGCUGCUGUUACAGUAGAAGAUCUUAUUAGACCUCAUUUCACGUUAUCCGAAUCAAGUUUACAGUGGAUUAACAUGGGAAUGAAUAUUUUCUUUGGUGCAGUGUGCCUUUCCAUGGCUGCAAUGGCAUCUGCUAUGGGUGCUCUGUUACAGGCUGCACUCAGUAUUUUUGGAAUACUUGGUGGACCUCUUUUGGGAAUAUUUUCUUUGGGUAUGCUGAUGCCUUUUGGAAAUGCUAAAGGUGCAUUUACUGGGCUCGUUUGUGGAUUCACUCUUGUAUUGUGGAUUGGGGUUGGCUCUCACACAUACCCUCCACCGUCUUAUAGAACACUGCCAUUGCCUCUUUCUACUCAUGGUUGCAGAAAAAUCAAUGUCACAACAGCUUCACCAACAACAACUACUAUGCCUCUUCCACCUACUCCAAGACCAGCUCUUCAAGAAUAUUGGUACUCCUUGUCGUAUCUUUACUUCAGUACAUUAGGAACUUUGGUCACAUUUUUUGUGGGAACAGUAAUCAGCUUAGCGACAGGAGGAUUACAGCAAGAAGUAGAUCGUAAACUUCUGUUUGGUAAAGAGGAUUUUUUAGACAACUUUAUAUACUGGAGAUCUAAAUGGGUACAACUAUACGAUAGGAUGCAUGCUCCAAAGCAGGUGGCACCUAAAGAAGAGAUAGUGGAAGAGGUAACGGAAGAGAUAGCGGAAUAAUCUCCAUCGAUGUAGAGGGUACUCUAAUUCUGUGGGUUAUAUAGAGAAGAACUAUACUACAAGGACAAAAAACUAAGAAAACAGCAUGGAAUGCUGUGGUAUACAAAGUAUAGAAAUGUUUAAUUUUUACUAAUUGAAAUUUGAAAAGCAAAGUCCAUGUUUUAUAAAUGAUCUAAUUUUAAAACUAUUCUGUAGCAAGUUGAUAACCAGAAGAUAAGAAGUUGUGUAAAUUCAAGUCGGUGGUAAUAAACAAUCCAAUAAGUCAAAUAUUUAAAUGCUUACUAUUCAUGUAAUUCCCCAAUUUACCAAUGUAAUAUUUAUGUAAUAUUUUAUUUGACCCUUUCUUACGUUUGAAUAAAAAAGAACUUCUGUGAA